AUGGGGGGUCCACAGGGCUCCAGGGCUGUGAGGCUGGUGGAUGUGGGAGGAGAUGAAUGCAGAGACCACAGCACAUGCCUGGCACAUAUUAGGUGCUCCAGUAAAUGGCAGCAGUGGCUCAAUCAUGACAUCACAGGUGUCCAAGGUCUCAAACCGUACCAGAAUGUUCUGAUUGGGAUCUCGGUGGCCUUCGUCCUGCUGCUCUUCCUCUUCGUUCUCCUCCUCAUCCGACAUCGACAACAGGGCAAAUGCAGGACAUCAGCUCCAGCCCAGCUGCUGAUGCCCAGGAAGAGACCCUCUGUGCGAAGAAGAGGAGAUGCUGCCAUGAAGAACACACAGCCUGAGGAGGGGGUAGAGCUGCACCCUCAGGUGGGACCCCUGCCCUGUCCAGGCCACCAGGGACCUUCCUGCUGUCAAACUUCAUCCAAUGGACACUUGCAUGUCCCCAUAUCACCCAGCCCUCAGCAGCGUCCCACACUGACCUCUCCUCUAGGCACCUGGGGCGUCCUUCUGUGACUUCACUCCUCCUGGUUUUUGUGACUUCAUGGCCACCCACAAGUGAUCCCCUUUCCUGGUUCCUCGUUCUCUGUCUGAACUUCUGGUUGUUGGAUUGACCCCCAGGUCUCAAGAGGAUGCAUGAAUAAGUGAACCACCCACAAGUCCCCUAGGCUCCCCUUCAUUCAUUCACCCAACAGUGUGCACAGGGAGCUCACUGUUUACCCAGCUCCAUUCAGGUGCUGCAGGUACAGCAGUGAGAAAAACUUUCUCCACACUCCUUAGCUCACCUUGUGGGUGAGAGACAACAUGCAAAUAUGCAGGUAGCAUCGUGAAGUGCAAGGUGCUGUUAAGGAAAAUAAAGCAAGAAAAGGGGGUAGAGUGCAUGUGGGGGAAGAGAAAACAUUAGGUGCAAAGGUCCUGAGGUAGCAACAUGCUUUUUCAGGAAAAUGGGCUGUGUGGCGCCAGCCAUGUGAGUGGGAGAUAACAUGUUGGGAUAAGAAUCUGAACUCAGAAAGCAUUCAGAUGUCCAAGGUUAGGAUGUCCCUGAAGAUUCCAUUAAGAAAGUGACUUCACUCUGUUACAGUGUGGACAAUUGACUGGAGGAGGUCAGCCCUGAGAUCCAGGAGACACUGUUUCUGUCCCUCUAUCUCCCCCCAUCAGGGCCCUCAGGAAAUGAGGAAUGCCCAAGUGAGCCACUCAUGAUCAAGACUCAGACGGGGGUGGCCACCUCUCCUUCCCCCGUGUCAGAGGAAGCACUGGAAGUAAAGGACAGGCAGAUGGACAGACAGAUGGGUCCCAUCCUCUCCUGGACGCCAGGCUGCCCCAACCCCAACCACAUACCUAUACCCCGAUUCUCCCCUGAUCCAGGCUGCUGCAUCUGAUGCCCCCCAGGAUGUGAUCUACGCCCAACUGAACCACUUGACCCUCGGACGGAAGACAAUGCCUCCUUCCUCCCAGUCAGAGGAGCCCCCAGCAGAGCCAAGCGUGUACUCGGCCUUGGCCAUCCA